AACGUUUCACUCAUUUUAAUUCACGUCGAUUGAUUUUUUCGGUUAACUCUUUGAGCCUGCGUCCCUGAUUUUUUUUACUUUUGCUAUUGACAAUUUGGAUAGCGCCGAGUUUGUCUUGAUCAUAGCAGUAGUUUACAGUGGAAAAACAUGGAGCCCAUCUCGCACCUCGUCAAAGUAUCUCUCCCAAAUUAUUUGGCUGGAUUACCAAUACCAGACUCGAUAGGAGGAUGGUUCAAGCUUGGAGUGCGAGAUUGGAUCUCCCUCAUCCCUCCGACUGCUAUGGUCGCAGGAAUUGGGUAUAUGGCCUAUCAAACCUGGUGCCCUCAGGCAAAAGCUACAAUGGCUAUAAGAGCGAAAGUCAAUCACAAAAUUAAAAAGGACGUUGCCAAGGUUGUUGAUAUGGUCGAUGUUGAAGAUAUAACGGAGAAGACGGUCUUCUGUCGCUGUUGGAGGAGUGAAAAUUGGCCUUACUGCGACGGUGCCCAUGGUCGUCACAACGAGGCCUCCUGCGACAACGUCGGUCCCCUCGUCGUCACAAAGAAGAAGUAAAUGUAAGCAAAUAAAGCAUUUAAAACACCACAAGAGGAAAUUCAUUAAUUAGUAAAAAUCUAAAUGUAACAUUUGCAGCUAUUAUGCCUAAGGCCAUUCUUUUUUUUUAUCAAAGUUUAUCAGCUGUUUGUACAACUUUACAUGUCUCGGCGGCAAUUUCCUUUUACAUAUUUCCUUUUCAAGCGUCAAUCGCUGCAUGUAAAUACUCUAAAUCAAUUUGUUAUUAACUUAUGUGGUAUGCAGGGUCUGAGGAUUAUUCAUUAAACAAUAAAUUCAAUGUUACCAUUGUAAAAUCAUA